AUGUCGUGUGUGAGGGGACCACCUUCCACUCUACCAAUUGGCGAAGAGACUGUGAUUCCCCUUGGUCAGCACGUCCUUGAUGUCGCUCGAGACGACGGAGUAUACGCCACAUUGCACAUGCGCAGUCCAUUCGCGCAGGAUGUCGUGCUCUCCGUUGAGCAAGAGAAGCUCUAUCGUAUUGGCAGAGGACCCUCGUCCAACCUUGUGCUCACGGAUGCGCGCGUCUCUUGUACGCACUUUACCCUGCACAGCAUACGCGUGUCAGACUCGAUAGACAACCUGUGCUUCUUGACGGAUACUUCAAGUAAUGGCACCUACGUGCGCUAUGCCAUUCGGUCUCAUGGCUCACCCAACAGCACUCGCCUUGUUGGCAAAGACUGCUGUGUGCUCUUGUCAGAUGGAGACGACAUUGAGAUUAGGCAUGUUGCCACCUUUACCUUCAAGCAGCACUACCAGUACCCCGAAGCUGCUGCAAUAUUGCUCAAAGAUAUACGAGACGACUACAAAUCUGAUACAUGGUUGCUCAGCAAUCGCCUGAUUGGAUCAGGCAGCUUUGGUCAUGUCUUGAUGGCACACAAUUUGAAGACUGGUAAACAAGCAUGCUGCAAGAUCAUCAAGCAAUCUACGCGUCCACAGCAACUUCGAGCGCUCAAACGGGAAGUGGAAGUGUUGCAAGGUCUGUCGCACCCCAACGUCAUCAUGACGCUCGAGACAGCCAUCACAGACGCAUACUACUAUCUUUUCUGUGAAAUGCUGUGUGGUGGCGACUGCUUCUCCUAUUGGCAUGCUCCAACCAGUGACAAGUCUGAAAUCAUGGUCGCUUUUCUUGUCUACCAGGUUCUCGAGGCACUCGAUUAUCUGCACUCGCAGAAUAUUGUGCAUCGUGACUUGAAGCUAGAAAACAUCCUCAUGGCACACCACAAAGAUGCCUGUCGUGUUGUUUUGACGGAUUUUGGACUUGCACGUCGGAUUGAUACCGUCAAACAGGGGCGAGAUCGUAUGCUGUCUGUCGUGGGCACCGUCAAUUCAAUUGCCCCUGAGAUCCUCGAGGUGCAACCAACAUGGCCUGGCGCAGAGGCACGCCAGGGUUAUGGCGCUGAAGUGGAUCUUUGGAGUCUUGGAGUCUUGGUGCAUGAAAUCUUGCUCGAUUACUCACCUUUUGCCCUUGCACGCGACAUGACGCCAGCUGCACACAUGCAAGCCAUUGCCAGGCCUCUUGAUUUUGUGCCGCGUACGGAAGAUGGCAUGAUCCUGACGACAUUGGCAAAAUCAUUUCUGCUCGGCUUGUUACAGCCUGAUCCUGCGCAACGCAUGACAAUUCAGGAGGCAAAGGCGCAUCCGUGGCUGUCUCGACACACGAAGCCUUUUGAUGCACAAUACCACAAGCUUCUCGAGGCAUUGCCACAGUUUGGGAAGCACUCGUCUGAUCAAGUCUUUCAGACCCCUGCACCGAAGCGUAAAUUGGCGAUUGAGCACGUUUCGUCGGGUCUGCCAAGCGAUGAUCUCGUUUCAAGUCCCUGUAAGCGUUUGGUGCGGAAUGACAACAAGAGAAAACGACGCAUUCUGAUAGAAUUGGAUCCAAAUAGUGCAGAGAUGCAGUAUCGUGGCAGACGUCGUUGCCCUCCCAGCCCAGAAUUGUAG